CGUUUUACGCUAUCGACAUCGGUGAGACUGUGCAUGGAAUGCAUGGAAGGAAUCGAAGAUUUGCAUAAUGUUGGAUUUAUUCAUCGCGACAUAAAGCCAUCGAAUUUUGCUAUGGGGCGAAAGCCGUCAGUCGCGCAUACUGUAUUCAUGCUUGAUUUCGGACUUGCCAGGCAGUACUGUGUUCGUUUUCCCUUUUACUUUCGCAAAAUCAGAAAAGUGGACAUUGCGUAA